UCCACUUUACCGGCAUUUCAGCGUCAACUGCCGGUCGGAAUUUUUCAGUCGGCCGUCAAACUUCCUUGUAUUUAUUUUAUUUAUACCGCUUGUUUACAACAUGCCUGGAUAUUCCGACAGAGACCGCGGCCGCGAUAGAGACAGAGAUAGAGGCUAUGGCGGCGGCCCUCCCCGGUUUGGAGGAAACCGCGGCGGAGGUGGAGGGAAGUUCGGUAAUCCCGGUGAGCGGCUCCGUAAGAAGCACUGGAACCUGGACGAGCUCCCCAAGUUCGAGAAGAACUUUUAUCAGCAGCAUCCCGACGUGGCCCACAGGAAUCCGCAAGAAGUUGAACAAUACAGAAGGGCCAAAACCAUCACAGUGAAGGGGAGAGAAUGCCCAAAUCCGAUCAUGAAGUUUCAUGAAGCCAGCUUCCCCUCUUACGUGAUGGAUGUCAUCAACAAACAAAACUGGACUGAUCCGACUCCCAUCCAGGCCCAAGGCUGGCCUCUGGCGCUGAGUGGCCAAGAUAUGGUGGGAAUUGCGCAGACUGGUUCUGGUAAAACUCUCUCUUAUCUGCUGCCUGCAAUCGUUCACAUCAAUCACCAGCCUUUCCUGGAGCGUGGAGACGGUCCAAUUUGUCUGGUACUCGCCCCAACUCGUGAGCUGGCUCAGCAGGUGCAGCAGGUGGCUGCUGAAUAUGGCAGAGCUUCUCGUCUGAAGUCCACUUGCAUCUAUGGAGGUGCACCGAAGGGACCCCAGAUUCGUGACCUGGAAAGAGGUGUGGAGAUCUGCAUUGCCACCCCUGGCAGACUGAUUGACUUCCUCGAGGCGGGAAAGACCAACCUUCGCCGUUGCACGUACCUUGUGCUGGAUGAGGCUGACAGAAUGCUGGACAUGGGAUUUGAACCUCAAAUCAGGAAAAUUGUUGACCAGAUCAGACCUGACCGUCAAACUCUGAUGUGGAGUGCUACCUGGCCGAAAGAGGUUCGUCAGCUGGCAGAGGACUUCCUGAAGGAGUAUGUGCAGAUCAAUAUUGGAGCUCUGCAGCUGAGUGCCAACCACAACAUCCUGCAGAUUGUGGACGUUUGCAAUGAUGGGGAGAAGGAGAACAAGCUCAUUCGUCUGCUUGAGGAAAUCAUGAGUGAGAAGGAGAACAAGACCAUCAUCUUUGUGGAGACAAAGAGGCGAUGUGAUGACCUGACCCGGAGGAUGAGGAGGGAUGGGUGGCCUGCUAUGGGCAUCCAUGGGGAUAAAAGCCAGCAGGAGAGAGACUGGGUUCUCAAUGAGUUCAAAUAUGGAAAAGCUCCCAUUCUUAUUGCUACAGAUGUUGCCUCCCGAGGUCUAGAUGUUGAAGACGUGAAAUUUGUCAUCAACUUUGACUACCCCAACAACUCUGAGGACUAUAUCCACCGCAUUGGCCGAACAGCUCGUAGCCAAAAGACAGGCACAGCCUAUACCUUCUUCACCCCCAACAACAUGAGGCAAGCCAGCGACCUCGUCUCUGUGCUGCGUGAGGCCAACCAGGCCAUCAACCCCAAGCUCCUCCAGAUGGCUGAAGACAGAGGAGGUCGUUCAAGGGGAGGCAGAGGUGGUGAUUACAGAGACCGGGAUAGGUUUUCUGGAAGGCGCGAUUUUGGCGGUUUCAGGGACCGGGGUAACGGCAGAGGUUUUGACAAUGGACCAAACAAGACGUUUGGCACAAAUUCGCAGAACGGAGGCUUCGGCAGCGGCAGCACCAACGGCUUCAGCGGAGCGAGCUUCAACACCAAUGGACAGUCAAACUUUGGGGCCAACCAAGUGGGAGCGUUCCCUGGCCAGACCAACUUCCAGCCCCAACAGUUUCUCCCUGGUAAGCCUGCCGGUGCGCAGAACGGCACAGGUCACCCCCCUUUCCAAUUCCCCCAAGCACAGGCUCCACAGCAGCACCCUCCUCCGCUGGUGCCGUACACGAUGCCCCCUCAGUUCCCUCAGUAGAUAGACCUUACACUUGAAAAGAAGUAAUUUAUUGCUUUUUUUUUGGGUAUUUUUAAGUUCUAUACCUAAUCCAGAGUCUUUUUUUUUUUUUUGUAUUUACACAACAGGGUUGCAACAACUUGAACCUCUAUUCAGCCUUUUAAGAUCUGCAGUGCAGCAAUAGUGCCGUUGCACACUUGUUUUCCUAUUACUAUUUAAUUUGUUACAUUCCUCAGUAAUGUUAAGUUUUGUACUAGGGUAAUUACAAACGUAUCGUUUUUCAUGUGUAUCCUUGAAAGUGAUGUUAAGCUCCUACAUUGGAUGUGCACUGCAUGAUCUUUCAAAUAAAACCCCCGAAAACGA